AUGACUGUGUCGCAGCCCCUAGAUGAUCAGCGACAGGCUGCCACCGAGUCCACUCCUCUGCUAAAGGACGCGUCGCGUGGCCAGCAGUACACGGGCAAAGCCGGUGAAACCACUUCCACUGUCGAUGCUAGUAGUUCAUCGUGCGACGAAGACGCGCCUCUCCUUGGUCUGUCGGCUGUGACUGUCGCCCAGCCAGAGGUUGACGCCGGCCUUGAGCGAGUUCUCUCUGCAGCCUCGGCGAACAGGCACCUCCACCACGAUGCGGAGGCUGGAGCUCGUACUGAGGAAAUCUCAGACUACGCUGACCGGUUCAUCAAUGUGACGCCCACAAGAUUCUGGCUCAUUUUCGGUGGUGUUCUGUUCGGGUACAUUAUUGGAUUCUUCGACUCGACCUUGAUGGCCUCGAGUCAUCCUGUGAUCACGUCUCACUUUCACGCCUCCAACUCCGCCUCGUGGCUGUCGACUGCGUUCCUAUUGACAUCAACCGCGUUCAUGCCGCUUUUUGGACGUGUUUCAGACACAUUUGGUAGGAGGCCUGUCUACCUGUUCUCGAUCGUCGUCUUCUUCCUCACCACGGCAUGGUGUGCCGCAGCGCGGAGCAUCGGAAGCUUCAUUGCUGCGCGCGCCUUUUGCGGACUUGGAGCUGGGGGUGUAUUUUCCAUGGGCAUGAUUCUGUCCAGCGAUCUCGUCCGCAUCGAGUACCGUGGCAUUUACCAAUCCUACAUCAACCUCUGCCUCGGGGCAGGUGGCUGCCUGGGCAUCGCGUUCGGCGGAUACCUCUGCGAUCAUGUCGGAUGGAGAGGCGCGUUCCUCGUGCAACUGCCGUUCAUCUUCAUCUACUUCCUCGUCGCAGUCUGGACCACUCCCGCCGAGCUCGGCAUACAGAAGCAAGCAUCAGGCAGGAUGACCUUUUCUCAGCUCCUCAAGAGCAUCGACCUGGUAGGUUCGGCGCUCCUGGUCAUCGCGGUCACUGCAUUGAUCAUGGGACUCAAUCUGGGCGGUAAUGUCUUUCGCUGGUCUCACCCCCUUGUCGUGUCGUCCUUGGUUCUGUCUGUUGUCCUAGGUGUGAUUUUCGUCCUGUACGAAAGACGCGUGGAACGAGCAGUCAUGCCAAUUGAGCUGUUGGCGCAGAACCCGCGGGCCUUUCUCAUCUUUGGAAACUUCUUCGGAGCGCUCUCAAUGAACACCGUCCUCUUCAACGCCCCGCUGUACUUCCAAGCAGUCAAGCUAGCCACUCCGACGGAAUCAGGCCUCAACUUGUUAGGAGGUACCCUGGCCGCCACCGUCUCUAGUGUCUCAACCGGCUUCAUCAUCACCUGGUCAAGACGCCUCAAGCCGACAACCGUCAUCGGCGACAUCUUCCUCAUUCUCGGAGGAUUGGCCGCGAGCGCACUUGGCGUCUCCACCCCCGGGAUCAUCGCCGUGAUUGGCGUCUCCCUUACGAGUCUCGGAAUGGGCUUCGCCAAUCCAACGGUAACGGUCGCCGUCCUCGCCACAAGCGAAACAGACGAGCAAGCCGUGGCAACGACGACGCUCGGACUGUUUAGGAAUCUCGGAUCCGUCAUGGGCGUGGCCAUUAGCAGCUGGAUUUUCCAAAACAGCCUGAUAUACCAUCUGGAGGACAAGGUGACUGGCGCCGACAAGGACGCUAUCGUCCAACUGGUCCGCAAGUCUGUUCAAGCGAUUGUGGACCUUGAUCCCCUGCACCAGAGCCAGGUCAUCGCCUCUUACGGCGCUGCUCUCCGCUUGACAUUCCUCUCAGCGGCUGUCUGGGCGUCUCUUACACUUCUGUUGCAUGUCGGACUUCGUCUUCCGCGUCUCGGGCGUAAAGCGUGA